CAGACUGAUCAUAGAAUGAAAUUACCUCCGUCCUACAAUCCCAAAGUCAUCCACCUGAUUACCUUCUCGAAUACCAGUUCUACUCUUUCCCUCCCCUUCAUCAUGACUGAACCAGAGCUGCUCACAGAGGUCCCUGCCUCUCUGAAACGGCUGGCCAAACAGGUUGUGCGAGGUUUCUAUGGCAUCGAGCAUGCUCUCGCUCUGGAUGUGCUGAUCCGGAACCCCUGUGUACGUGAAGAGGACAUGCUGGAACUGCUCAAGUUCGACCGCAAGCAGCUACGUUCAGUUUUGAACACACUCAAGGCUGACAAGUUUGUCAAAUGCCGUAUGCGUGUGGAGACAGCGCCCGACGGCAAGACGACACGACACAAUUACUAUUUCAUUAACUACCGGCUGCUGGUUAAUGUGGUGAAGUACAAGCUGGACCACAUGCGCAGACGCAUUGAGACGGAUGAACGGGACUCGACUAACAGAGCCUCCUUCCGCUGCCCCUGCUGCAUGAGCACAUUCACUGACCUUGAGGCUAACCAGCUGUUUGACCCCAUGACUGGAACGUUCCGCUGUACCUUCUGUCAAACAGAAGUAGAGGAGGACGAAUCGGCCGUGCCAAAGAAAGACGCCCGCACUUUGGUGGCUCGAUUCAACGAGCAGAUCGAGCCCAUCUAUGUAUUGCUACGAGAGACAGAGGACAUCAACUUGUCACAUGAUCUCCUGGAGCCCGAACCGUCAGAAAUCCCAGCGCUAAAACAGAGAAAGGACUUGAAUUUAGACAGUAUAGCACAUUUAUGGUUAAGAAAUGUGCAUCUAAAUUGGCCCUGUUUUUUUUCUUCUUCUUCCAAUUUUUACACACCAGCUGGCGAGGACUCUAUAGUAACCCAGGAGGGAAUGACUGGACGAGGAGCCGCACAGGAUGAGAAUGAGGAGGUGAUGCUGGCUCUCCUCAUUCACGAGAAGAGGAGCGGAGUUGGUCCAGGAGGAGGUGCUGUCGUCUACAGACCGACCGUUCCAGCGGCUAACGCCAGCGACUCUGACAGCGAUACCAGUGAAUCGGAUGAGGACUCGCCGCCCCGGGCUCCAGCCCACACUAUGCACAACGCUACAGCACUGCGGCCAGGAAAACAAGAAGAUGAGGAGGGCGAAGAUGAUGGUGAUGAGUUCGAGGAGGUUGGGGAUGACCCUGUGGUUAUGGUAGGGGGAAGACCCUUCUCUUACAGGGAAGUGAGCCAGAGACCCGAGCUGGUGGAACAGAUGAGCGCUCCGGAGAAAGAGGCGUACAUUGAGAUGGGCCAGAACCUCUUCCAGGACAUGUACUUCUGAGUUCAUCUUGACUGUCUGCAUCACAUUCGUUCUGUCUUUACCUCACUUUUGGCCGUUGUUUUUUUGUUUUUAUUCACAAAAUAGUUUCGAUCGGUCUUCUUUGCACACUCUUAAACGGUGUUGUGCGGCGUGCCAGAGCUGAGAAAUGUAGUGUUAUAUCUGUUAACCAUUCUCCUUUUUUCUCGCCCCUCUGCCAUAUUCGCAUAUGAAACUACUCUGGUGCCAAUGAAGAGUAUCAUACAUUGGCAAACACGCAGCGCUAAUUUUCCAGUUUGUUUACGGUCUUGCCACAUUCAGAGACUUCCAAAUGAAUAGCAGUGUUGCUGCAGUGACCUCUGGGAUGGUUUUACUCAAAAGAAAACUCCAAACCGCAGUAUUUAGCAGGACAUGCAGUUUGAAAGGAAAGACAAGCUAUUUUCUUUUCGGAUGACUGCCUUGACGUGAUAUUAAAUGGAGUUUUGAUGAGAUGUUUGUUUAGUGUGAGAUUGCUUUACUUUCACAGGAGAAAUGAGCACUGUCUUCUCUGAUCUCUGCCUCAAUGGAUCUUUUUUUUUCAGUUUGUUAGAUGUUUUACAGUAAUUAAAAGCUGAGUGUAAAAACUUCAGUGUAUUCAUGAAUCUCUGUGUACAGCAACCUCAAUAAAAGAUGCAUACGAAUA